CUGUUCACAUUUUGAGCACCCCGAGGCUCGAAAGUUCGACUUUUUCGAACACCGGUUUGAACCGUCAAAUUAUGCAUGUAAACAAUAAUAAAUUGAAGUGUUUUGUGGAAUUUCGGGUAAAAUGAAUGAAUUCAACCACAAAACCGUGUUCGUGCUGGACCACACGCCAUACUUUGGAAUCUCGUGCGAAUCGCCAAUCGAUUGCGAUUUCAUCAAAAGCAAAAUUCCGAUUCCACCCAUCAGCAAAAGCCUGUGGACAUGUGCCGUGGAGGCAUCGGUUGAGUAUUGUCGCAUUGCGUGGGACCUGUUCCCGUCCGGAAAGCUGAUCCGGUUCGUGGUGAGCGAUACGGCCGCCCAUAUUGUGAACACCUGGAACGCAAGCACCCAGAGUUUGACGCACGUUAUGAACGCCAUGUCGAUGGUGGGGGUUCCCCCGAGGCAGACCCAGGCGAACGAUUUCUCGGUCAUUCAUGGGCUGAGGGCUGCCAUUGAAGCGCUAGCGGAACCAACCGAUUUUCAGAAGGAACUACUGGCCGAGAAGGAGCACACCGUUUAUAAUUUGGGACGGGUGAUUUGCAUUACCUCAGCUAGGGAUGACGCCAGCAUGAAGAGCUUAGAGGACAUUUUCCGCACUGUUUUAGUGCAGCAGAAUUCAAUUUCCGCUAAUCACAAGGAAUAUUUAAACAUCGAUCGAUGUCACUUGGUCAUAAUAAAUCUCUACCCAGCCAACAUGGAAUCGAUGGUCAAUAAUCGAGGAUUGAUCGAUAUUUCUCCGAUCCUGAAAUCGGAAAUACAUUCCAACAAGGCAAACCGGAUCUCCAACAAACUGACGCACUUGAUUUUGCCACACUUCGACCUGGCAAGUACAACGGUGACGGGCAUUCCGAUGAAGGAGGAGCAGAAUGCCAGCUCGAGUGCCAACUACGAUGUGGAGAUAUUCCACGGAAGUAAGGCUCACUCGGUGUUUCUGGGCACGGAACUAGUACUGCCGCACAGUAUUAAGGACGGAUCAGACUAUGAAACAGUAACGCUGAAGUGGUGCACGCCGAGGAGCUGUGGAUCGUCGGAGAUGCAGCCCUGUUUGGCCCAGUGUCGUGUUACACCCGUGGAUGUAACAUCACGACCGAGCUCCUGCUUGAUAAACUUUCUCCUCAAUGGACGUUCCGUUCUGCUAGAAAUGCCGAAAAAAUCCGGUGGAAAAAUAACCAGCCAUCUGCUGUCUGCUCACGGAGGUGAAAUCUUCAUACAUUCGCUCAAUACGUCGAGAAGUUGUCUGGAGGAACCACCUUCAAUUUCCGAAGGCGGGGGAGGACGCGUCACUGACUACCGGAUCAACGAUUUCGGUCAGAUGAUGCAAUUGCAUCGCAUCGUACCGCUGAAACCCCUCGCGGAUCGAAUGAUGGAUGAAAAUUUGCUGAAGAUGCGAACAAAACUGGCGAAGAACUCGCGCUACUGGCCACUGACCCUUGGGACAACAAUUCUCUACAAUGUUCGACAGUUCGUCGAACCGAUAUUGAUGCUGACUCACAAGCCAGAUCUAACCGAAGAAGAUGUCAUGCAGUGCCAGAAGACGAUAUUUCAACUGGCCAGUCUGGAAGGUCGCCAAGAGUCACUUGCCCUACCCAACAUGGGUCACCGUCUGAAGGGUGCCAAACGGGAGGAACAGUACCGCUUACUGUGGGCAGAGCUUGAACUAAACGUCAGUUCCAGUGGAACGUCUCCCGGUCACAAAGCAGUGUUGAAGUGUAUUCGCGAUUGCCGUAGUCGAGCUCCGAUCGAAAUUCAAGACAAAGACGAAGCGGCAGCCGAAGCCCAUCGGGCUUCGGUUAUUCGAGCGACAACUGAUUCCCCUAUGUCUCCACCGCAUACGAUGGCAUUGGUGGACAGUUCAGUGGUCGCACUACUAGCCGGUUCUAGUCGGGGAAGUAAAAAACUGCUCGGCAGUGGGACUAAGUCGCUGUUUGAUAUUCUUUCCACAGCGGAACGAGCCCAAAGUCAGAAGCGGAUAGAUUUCAGCGGAAGGCUUUGCACACCGAACGGACAGGUGGCUAAGUUGUAUCCAAAUUUGGGCAUGAAAGAAGAAUCAAUUGUACAGGGAAGGCAACCCGAUGUAAAAUGAAACAAGCGCGGUGUUAUAUCAACUUAAAAUACAUGGAGAACACAUAUUUUAAAAAUCUGUUUAAUUCUUUGACCGAACACCUUUUUUCGAUUGGUAGACAUGCUGCGUCCGUGUCACAUAAUAUAGAAAUAGGCUAAAAGUUGAGAAAAACACAAAAACAGCUGAACAA